UAAAACAUAAGUGUUUUGAGUGAGGGACAUACAUACAUAACCGAUUGAAAAGUGAAGAGGAGGCAGAAGAAGGGAGAGAGAGAGAGAGAGAUGUCGUUUACGUUGCGAAGCGUGAAGGUGCCGCCCAAUUCAGCGACCCUGGAGGAAGCGAGGCACCAUGUCUUCGAUUUCUUUAGAACUGCUUGCAGAUCCAUUCCUUCCAUCAUCGACAUCUACAAUCUCGACGACGUCGUCACCGUCUCCCAGCUCCGCUCCACCAUCGCCUCUCAGAUCCGCAAGAACUCUCACUCUACCAAUCCCAAGGUGAUUGAUAUGCUUCUCUUCAAGGCAACAGAAGAGUUGAAUAACAUCCUGGAGCAUGCAAAGCAGCGGCACCACCUCAUCGGACAGUAUGUGGUUGGUCAGCAUGGGCUAGCUCAGGAUUUGAACUUCAAGGACCAGGCCACUUCUCCUUUCCUCACAAAUUUUUAUAAGAGCAACUACUUUUGAACAACUUCCUUUCUUACUGUUGUUCAUCCAUGGGAUUUUUUUCUUUCGGGAGUGAAGUUCCUAAAUAAAGAUGCCCUUGAAAUUGCUUUUGUAUAUUUCUGGUGAACAAAGACCUUUCAAUCUUUUUUUUUGGUGGUCUCUAAGUGAAACCAUAUCUUUAUAUUUCAUGAAACCCUUUUCCUUUAUUACAA